AGCCGGGCCCGCCUGGCAGCCCCUUCACCCGGCGUGUGGCACUGUAACGGGGCUUCCCUUCAGGCGGGAGUUGCGCCUCCCCGGCCGGGGCCAGCGGCUUUCGGUGUCGCGAGGAGCGCGGCCGUCGCUGCCCUCCGCAGCGGCAGAGCCAAGCCGCGGAGAUGGAUGACGAACCCGAACGGACCAAGCGCUGGGAGGGAGGCUACGAAAGGACAUGGGAAAUUCUUAAAGAAGAUGAAUCCGGAUCGCUGAAAGCCACCAUCGACGACAUUCUUUUCAAGGCGAAGAGGAAAAGACUCUAUGAACACCAUGGACAAGUUCGACUUGGAAUGAUGCGUCACCUUUAUGUGGUUGUUGAUGGAUCAAGAACUAUGGAGGACCAAGAUUUAAAACCGAACAGACUUACCUGCACUUUGAAGUUAUUGGAAUAUUUUGUUGAAGAGUACUUUGACCAAAAUCCUAUUAGUCAGAUUGGCUUAAUUGUAACCAAGAGUAAAAGAGCUGAAAAAAUGACAGAACUUUCAGGCAACUCAAAGAAGCACGUAACUGCUCUGAAGAAAGCAGUGGAUAUGAACUGCAGUGGAGAGCCAUCUCUAUAUAACUCCUUAAAUUUGGCGAUGCAGACUUUAAAGCAUGUGCCAGGACAUACAAGCAGAGAGGUUUUGAUAGUCUUCAGCAGUCUGACGACAUGUGAUCCAGCCAACAUCUAUGAUCUAAUUAAGUGCUUAAAAGCAGUUAAGAUCAGAGUAUCUAUCAUCGGCUUAAGUGCUGAAGUUCGAGUUUGUACAGUACUUGCCCGAGAAACUGGUGGAACAUACCACGUUAUAUUAGAUGAAAGUCAUUAUAAGGAACUGCUGAUGUAUCAUGUUAGUCCUCCACCUGCCAGUUCAAGCUCUGAGUGCUCCCUUAUUCGAAUGGGUUUUCCUCAGCAUACUAUUGCUUCUUUAUCUGAUCAAGAUGCAAAGCCAUCCUUUAGUAUGGCGCAAUUGGAAAACAACAGUGAGCCGGGUCUUACGCUGGGGGGGUAUUUCUGUCCCCAGUGCAGAGCCAAAUACUGUGAACUUCCUGUGGAAUGCAAAAUCUGUGGUCUUACGUUAGUGUCUGCACCUCACCUGGCUCGAUCUUACCAUCACUUGUUUCCUUUGGAUGCCUUUCAGGAAGUCCCCCUGGCAGAAUAUCAGGGGGAACGGUAUUGUCAAGGCUGCCAGGGAGAAAUGAAAGAUCAAAGUGUUUUCAUAUGUAAAGUGUGUCAGAAUGCAUUUUGUGUGGAAUGCGAUUUGUUUGUUCAUGAUUCUCUGCACUGCUGUCCUGGCUGUAUUCACGAGCACCCUGCUCCCAUACCUGUAUGAAGUAAUCUCUUCUUAGAAAUUGUCAUAUCUAUGUCAUUCUUGCAUAAAUCUAUUUUGUUUAUUCAGCCAUAGCUUUCACUGAGGCAUCUCAAAACAAGAAAGAUGUAGAUGAUUACAGAAGGAUGAACACUGGCUUGGGAGCAAACUUUUAAUUUUUACCUAAUGUAUUAAUGAUUUUGUUUACUGUUCAUAUAUUCUUGAAUUACCUGUAUCUGAUUUAUUUUCUUUGUUCUUGUCUGAAAAGCUCUGGCUGUUUCUGAAUGCUAUUGUGAGUAACAUGUAUAUUUGUAAAUGUGAAAGUGAUAAAACUGGUUUGUAUGAUAAUGUGGUGAUUCAUCUUUGUUUCAUUUUUUUGUUCAAAAAACAAGCCCUGAAAAUAUAUUUUAUAUAUCGAUUGCUAUUAGCUCUUGGUUUUGGUGGAUGGUGGAGUUCUAUAGAUCAAAAUAUUUUUUUGUAAGAAUUUAACAAAAGAUGUUUUUGAGCAAUUAGUUGGGGGACAUUUCAAAUAUUAAUUCAAAGUAUUUGGGCUAUUCACUUUGGCCUUCAGUAAGGCAACUCAAAUACAGCUCUUAGAAAUUAUACAAACUAUUGUUUGAUGGUGAUAGUAUUGAAGACAGUGGUGCUGUUUUGGUUUUGAGGCUAGAAUGAAUUGCCAGAACUGCAAGUCAUCUUCUGUCCUUGGCUAAACCCCCAGAGCAACAGACAAUAAGGUGGGGGAAGAAGGGGAAGCACGUGUCCUUACCUGAACAUUGAAGAAUGAAAACUGAGACAAGUGCAAGACACUGUUUGCCAUUUUACAGUGUCUCUUCAAAGUGUGAUUGCAGUUUGAACUUGUGAGAAUGUAACGUGCUACACCUCAGUAAGAGGAGGUUGUGAUGGUGCAGUGUUUAAAGCAGUAUGUUACAUCUGGUCUUCUGAAGUCCUCUUGUGACAUUUGUAAUACAUCCAGAGUAACUCAGACACUGAUGCAUCUGACUUAAUUUUUAAAAUUGUGAGCUUUGUUGUCAGAUUAGGAACAGCAAUAAUCUAACCUAACCACUGAAUCUUAAAAGUGCAAACAAACAAAAAAAGCAAACUCCCAUCAUAUGUUAGUUCCCUGUUUUUCACGCUCACCACAUACAAACAAUACAUGCUACUUUUCAGUUUUCACAGAUAGUUUUAAUUUCAAGUCCUUUAAAUAUGAAAAUUCUCAGUUGUUACCAUAGCUCCUUCUGUGCUUUUUCUACUAUUUAUGCCUGCAGGCUGGCUAGAAUGCAGUAAUUCUACUGUGUUGUCAGAAAAAUAACUGUUUCGGCAUCUGUGUUUCAUUUUGUGCAGGGUCAAACAAUGCCUAUAAACCCUUUGUGCUAUCAUGUGAUUGCAGUGCCUAUUACUGUAAGGGUAUCCUAAAAAUUAGCAGAAAAAGGACAUAUUCAUGGGGUUUGGUGUGGUCUAGUAGGCUAUUCCAAGCCAAAGGAAUGCCCUAAGCCUUUGUCUUUUAGAUAUUCUGAUACUGGUGACAACAUCUUGAUACGAUGUUUUCUGAUAAUAUUUUCAUCUUUACAAUCAGCAUUUCCUAAUGGAAAAAAAGAUUUUGUCAAACCACUUCAAAUCUUUUCUAGUUUUUUCUCUUUUUAGAUACCAAAAUAACAUACUUGGACGUAGAGGCUGUGUAGAAGUUGUGGCCAUAUACUCCAUUGUCUGCAUGUGGUCUGAGUAAUAAUUUGGCUUGUACUUUUUCACCCUUCUCAUUGGAUAGGAGGAGUUCAAAAUAGGUCCUGAAAAAUCGUAUCGGGGCAACAUUUCUCUGAUGUGUAAAGAAUUUCAGCUGUGGCCUUCCUCUUUAAAGCAGCAUGGAGGAAAUGCUUCCUUCAUCUGUACUCUUUGUGAUUCACUGGAUCUCAGGUUUCCUUUGCUUGUGGGAAGCUACAACCUGCUUAAUUCUUGGUCCUGUAUUUUCUUAUUUAUGGAUCUGCCACAAGAUUAGUCGGUCAGUGAGGUUAUUAGCAGGCCUGUGAGAAAUUCUGCUUCCUGAAGAUUUGG